UUUUUUUACCGCCUCCCAAACCCUGUCCCGGAGCGGAACCAAAGAAAGGUCAGGCCAGGCAGUUCCCCCCUCUUAUCUUCCUCUUGGGGCGGUUCCCCGGAGUGGCUCACUUUGAGAAUUGACUUUAGCCACGUGUAGCUUCCAUGGCUGAGGUGCAGGCACUGGGAGAGAAGAUUAGUAUCCAGGCAGGAGAGACGACCAAGGUCGAGGACAGGGACCCGCUGGGCAGCGACUGGUCCGAGCAGGACAGACUUCCACAUCGAUCCUGGAGACAGAAGUGCGCCUCCUAUGUGUUGGCCCUGAGGCCCUGGAGCUUCAGUGCCUCUCUCACCCCUGUGGCCCUGGGCAGUGCCUUGGCCUACAGAUCCCAGGGUGUCUUGGAUCCUAGGUUGUUGGUGGGCUGUGCAGUGGCUGUCCUGGCUGUGCACGGGGCCGGCAAUUUGGUCAACACUUACUAUGACUUUUCCAAGGGCAUUGACCACAAAAAGAGUGAUGACAGGACUCUGGUGGACCGAAUUUUGGAGCCCCAGGAUGUUGUGCGAUUUGGAGUCUUCCUCUACACCUUGGGCUGUGUCUGUGCCGCUUGCCUCUACUACCUGUCCUCUCUAAAACUGGAACACUUGGCUCUCAUCUACUUUGGAGGCCUGUCUGGCUCCUUUCUCUACACAGGAGGAAUUGGAUUCAAAUAUGUGGCCCUGGGAGACCUCAUCAUCCUCAUCACUUUCGGCCCAUUGGCUGUGAUGUUCGCCUAUGCUGUCCAGGUGGGGUCCUUGGCCAUCUUCCCUCUAGUCUACGCCAUCCCUCUGGCCCUCAGCACAGAGGCCAUUCUCCAUUCCAACAACACCAGGGACAUGGAAUCUGACCGGGAGGCUGGUAUCGUCACGCUGGCCAUCCUCAUCGGGCCCACCUUCUCCUAUGUGCUCUACAACACGCUGCUCUUUCUGCCCUACCUGGUCUUCAGCAUCCUGGCCAUGCACUGCAGCAUUAGCCUGGUGCUGCCCCUGCUCACCAUCCCCAUGGCCUUCUCCCUUGAGAGGCAGUUCCGCAGCCAGGCUUUCAACAAGCUGCCCCAGAGGACAGCCAAGCUCAACCUCCUGCUGGGGCUUUUCUAUGUCUUUGGCAUCCUCCUGGCACCAGCAGGCAGCCUGCCCAGACUCUGAGGAGACCAGCUGCUCCUACCACAGCACAGACCCUCCUUAGAAUGUGCAGAAGCCGGACACUGAGAAGAGGUCUCACUGGCCAGGGUGGGUGGUCAGCAUGCCUGUGAACUCCUGACUUUAUGUGUUGGGAUUAUCUUCCUAAAGAUAAGAAACUGCUGUAGUGUCCGUAGAUGGAUUGGACACACUCUCCUUGUGUUAUUUAUAGUCUCCACUAGAGGGUGUUGUUAGGCCACGUUAGGAUGGAAGGUCCAUCUCCCCCUUUCUCUAGACAGUAUGCCCUAACAAUUUGUGAAGGAGCUGUGUGUCCCAAAAGAGCCAUAGCGAUAAGGCCCAGUACUGCCCUGUUACCUUGGCACAUAGAAAAUGGCAGUAAUUGGUGCCAGGUGCCAUUAACACAGAGCACCUGUCCCCCAAAUGAAUGUGCUGCCUGCUAGAGAAAGUCCCUCGUUAACAACCAUGCGGCUCCCGGCAUCUUGCGUAGGUGGUGGUUCAGACAUCUCUGCCCUUCAUCUCUUCUUUCACUCAUCACCACUGUUGAGGGAAGUGUCAGAUCACCCUGCAGCAAGACAGUCAAAGCCUGGGGCAGCUGAGAAAAGCUUUCAGUACAACACAGUGGGGGCAGGGGACUGCUUCCCUCUGUAGAACCCAUUAGGAUGGCAGUAAUUACUGGGACCUGAAGUGGUAGUGUCCAGACUGUGGG